AUGUCGAACCGCUACUCGGUCUUCUCGACCCAGUCCGCCGGUCUUUCGGCCGGACCGCGGCCACAACAUGGGUCACAGGUUUCGACAACAACCUUGCUGAAUGCCUUGCAUUCGUUCUAUACCGCUGGUCAGCCAUACCAGCUGGACUCAGCUACCAGUUUAGUCGUGAACACAUGGGUGACCGCCGCUACCACAUUGCCUGAUGGGCGGAAUGGUGCCACAGUCGACCGUGACUUGGCUAUCCGGGCUUGGGAACAUGCCCGACGACGAGCUGAAGAUGGCUGCAUCGUUCUAGGUGCUCUCCAUCAAUCCACUCCAUCUCUACUGGAACCGUUCCUCACAUCUAUCCCGGUUGAAACGCCGGAGGUAGCGUUUGCAGCACUCGGUGCUCUGCGACCUUUCCUCACUGCAGUUACCUCAUUUAAUCCUUCGUAUUCUCUCCACUCUGCUUUGGCUGCUACAUAUACCUUGACUCUGCCAGGAUCGGUUGUUGGUCUCUCUCUUGCUCUGUCCACUUCCGGCAUCAAUGUACGCAAAGGUCUUUUGGAGAUUCAGCCUGAGACCGGCUACCGUGCAUUCGAUGCUUUCUACUAUCUCCUCACAUCUGCAUCCACCGCCGCAGAACGUGAAUUCUUGGAUUUGAAAGACCACUCUGCAUACAUCCUGCUUAACCGAUCCAACACCUACACUCCUCCCUCCUACCUUCCCACCGCCGACGAUGCUGCCGCUGCAGAGGAUUUCCGAGCCUGUAUGAAGGCCAUUGGUAUCAAAGGCGCUUCUCAGCGUGGUUUGCUCUGCGUACUCGCUGGUCUCUUGAAGCUCGGAAACGCUGUCGGCUUCGAGGUGGACCAAGAAGAUCUGGAGGAGGUCUGCGAGGAUGCCGGUGGUCUUCUCGGAAUUGAUCCUGAGAUCCUCCUGCACAAAUGCUCCACUGAUGAGCGCGAGGUUCUCAUUGCAGGAAUCUAUGAAGCUCUCGUCGAUUGGGUUAUCACCAAGGCCAACGAGGCUAUCGCGGCCGAUCUCCAGAUUGCUUUGGAUAAUGACUCGGGCACUGGAGCACAAUGGUCAAAUGACGACACCGUAAGUCUUACUGUAGUUGAUGUCCCCAGACCCGCUCUAGCCAAAGCCAUCAUGAUGCAAGGCGUCUUCGACGAUGCCCUUGGACUCAAUGCUGAGAUGAAGGAUGAUGGAAUUCCGCUCCCACCCAUUGGCGGCUCCGUCAUCAGUGAGAUGAACUCCGCGGUGGCGCAGGUGGAACCUGACCUCGGAAUCACUACUGGUUCUGCUGGCCGAGAACGCGAACACGAUCUUGAUAAACGGCAGGGUGUUUUGGAAAAGAUCGGAGUGGAACUUGAGGUCGAUGCUUUCCUCCGACGCAUCCUCUUCCCCGUCGAUACCGAAGGUAUCUCCGUGGGCAAGCGGGGCCGUUUCGACCUUGCUACCACCCUCAACAGCAGUCGCGUGUGGUACCAUCUCUCCCUUCACCCCACUGAUGACAUGCCAGAACAGUUUGCAUCGGCCACAGGUUCCACAUGGUCCGCCGGUGCAGUGUCUCGUCAAUUGCGUGACUGGCGUCUCCCAGAAUGGGCCAACCGUCGCCUGAAACAACUCGAUUUCACUGCAGACUUCGAUGUAGAGGAGUUCGUUGGUCGGUAUGCACGACUCGGUUGUGCCGAGGGCCAGGAUGGUGUCGAGAACUGGAUCAUCGAGAGAGGCUGGAGCAAUGGCGACGCCGUUGUGGGCGAACAGCGUGUCUGGAUGCGGGAAGGUGCCUGGUGGGAGGCCGAGAGUAUGCUGGAUCUCAAGCCAGAGGAAGCUCCAAUCAAUCCCUUCAUGUAUGGCCCUGCCAUGUAUGAAACUGGAUACACUCCCGAGGGUACUCCCAUGGGUGAGUCAACCAACCUUCUUGCCAUGCCACAUGCCGGCACUUUGGCACCCAGUGUCAUGGGCGGUGCCAAGUCCGUUGCUCCCAGUGCGCCAUACACCCAGGCUGGUGCUACUGGUGGUGAUUAUGGUCUUGGUCGCAAGGGUGAUGACAAGAAAGGAGAUAUCGCAUACUACGACGAGUAUGGCAACUAUAUUGGUGAAUAUGACCCUGAGUUUGGUGACCCGAAGCACAUUGAGAAGAAAACAAUCACUGCGGGCCGUCGACUCUGGGCCGGUUUCGUCUGGGCUAUGACUUUCUGGAUUCCUUCCUUUGUGCUUCGAUACGUUGGUCGCAUGAAGCGCCCUGAUGUGCGUUUCGCUUGGCGGGAAAAAUUGGUUCUGGUCGCUCUGAUUUUGCUUUUUAACGGAAUUGUCUGUUUCUAUAUCAUCGCCUUUGGUGACCUUCUCUGUCCCAACAAGGACAAGGUGUGGAACGAGAAGGAGGUCGGCUGGCACACAACAAGCAAUGAUUUCUUCGUCAGUAUCCACGGCCGUGUCUACGAUAUCAGCAAGUUCUAUCGUCAACAGCAUAGUGAUAUUACCGGAGAGGACACCAGUUCCUCAAAUAUGGAACAGUUCGCAGGCCUGAAUCUAGACGCCUACUUCCCUCCUCCUCUCACCCGCUACUGUUCUUCAUUUGUCGAUGACGAUUCUAUUACUCUUUCUCACAACGAUACAGACGCUAUUACCUACCCUACGGCCGAGCACAAAUCGGGCCCCACCCAACAGCCAAUUACAACCACUGCACUGCACAAGAUUACCUGGUAUGAAGACGUGUUCUUGCCCAAGAUCGGCGAUUACUACAAGGGUCCUUUGGUUUGGACCCGGAAAACUGUUCAGAAGCAGGCCAACGAUGACGCUCGCUAUUGGGUGAUUGUGAACCAAAAGAUCUAUGAUCUGACGGACUAUUUCUACACCCUCAAAACUAUGAACAACCUCGACCAGUACAACUGGCUGCCGACAUCUGUCACAAAACUCUUCAAGGAACACAUGGGCGAGGAUGUCACCGAUAAAUGGCAGGACACAACGGACUUCAAGAACGCUCAGACUUGUCUUGACUAUGUGUUCUAUCAAGGCAAGGUUGAUUUCCGUGAUACUCCACGCUGCACUGUGAACAACUGGAUCUUGCUCGCCUUCACCAUUCUCAUUUGCGCUGUCAUUGUCGUAAAGUUCCUGGCAGCCCUGCAGCUGGGAUCCAAGCGUCGGCCUACUCCCCAGGAUAAGUUUGUUAUCUGCAUGGUUCCUGCUUACACUGAGGGUGAGAACGAUUUGCGCAAGGGUCUCGACUCUCUGACUGCUUUGCAGUAUGACAACAAGAGAAAGCUGAUCUUCGUCAUUUGUGACGGUAUGAUUGUUGGUGGUGGAAACGACCGCCCCACGCCUAAGAUCGUUCUAGAUAUCCUUGGAGUUGAUCCCAAGAUGGACCCACCUGCCCUGCCUUGCAAGUCCCUUGGUCAAGGUAGUGAACAGCUGAACUAUGGCAAGGUCUACUCUGGUCUUUACGAAUACGAGGGUAACGUCGUGCCUUAUAUUGUUGUGGUUAAGGUUGGCAAGGAGUCUGAACAGCGGAAGUCCAAGCCGGGUAACCGUGGAAAGCGUGAUACCCAGGUUCUUCUCAUGCAGUUCCUCAACCGUGUUCACCACCGCUCGCCUAUGUCUCCUCUCGAACUGGAAAUGUUCCACCAAAUUAACAACGUUAUCGGUGUGGACCCGGAGCUGUACGAGUACUGUCUCAUGGUCGAUGCAGACACUACUGUUAGGGAGGAUUCUCUCAAUCGCCUGGUUGCUGCUUGUGCGGCAGAUGCUAAGAUUGCCGGUAUAUGUGGUGAGACCAGUCUUCAAAACGAGGAGCGUAGUUGGUGGACCAUGAUUCAGGUUUACGAGUACUAUAUCUCGCAUCACUUGGCCAAGGCAUUCGAAUCGCUCUUCGGCAGUGUUACUUGUCUUCCUGGAUGUUUCACCAUGUACCGUCUUCGUACUGCGGACAAAGGACGCCCUCUUAUCAUUUCGGAUAAGGUCAUUCAUGACUACGCGGACAACGACGUCGAUACUCUCCACAAGAAGAACCUUCUCUCUCUUGGUGAAGAUCGAUAUCUGACAACUAUCAUGACCAAGCAUUUCCCGACCAUGUCUUACAAGUUCAUUCCCGAUGCCUACGCUAGUACAGCUGCUCCCGAAGCCUGGAGUGUGUUGCUGUCGCAGAGACGUCGCUGGAUUAACUCUACAAUUCACAACCUGGUCGAACUGGCAUACCUGAACGAUCUCUGCGGUUUCUGCUGCUUCAGUAUGCGUUUCGUCGUUCUUGUCGAUUUGCUAGGAACUAUCAUUCUUCCCGCCACUUGUGUCUACCUUGGCUACCUGAUCUACCGCGUCGCCAGUGGCACAGGACCGUUCCCCAUGAUCUCAAUUGUCAUGUUGGCUGGUGUGUAUGGUCUCCAGGCAAUCAUCUUCAUUGUGAAGCGUCAGUGGCAGCACAUCGGAUGGAUGAUUAUCUAUCUGAUUGCCUUCCCAAUUUACAACUUCAUCUUGCCCCUGUACUCCUUCUGGAAGCAAGACGAUUUCACAUGGGGUAACACCCGUGUCGUCAUCGGCGAGAAGGGUGACAAGCGUGUUAUUGCCGUGGAAGAUGAGCCCUUCGACCCUCGCAGCAUUCCCCUCCAACGCUGGGACGACUACGCCAUGGCCAACAACCUCCCCGGCCGCCGCGGCGACCUCGGUGCCAGCCAAGAGAAAGUCUUCUACACCGGCCGGUACGACGACAUGGCCAUGGAGUUGGACGACAUGCACUCACAAUACUCAUCCGUCAAGCCUGCCUCUACAAUUCUGACCGGAUUCCCCGGCCAGGGCCGUCACCAGCCAUACAUGCCUCCCCAGUCGCCAGCUCCCUUCGUCGGCGGUAACGUCCCAGGCAACCGCAACUCCCACAUGUCCAAUUUCUCUCGGUACACAGAUAUGCCACACAUGAGCGCCCAAGUGGGCGGCCACUCCGCCUCAGCAUCGAGGCACAUGUCAAUGGGCGGUCUCAGCGCUUACCAGGAUAACCCCGCCAACGCCAGUCGCCACAGCGUCGGACUUGGCCAGAGCACAGAUAACCUACUCGGUGGAAUCUCCCGCUCUCGCAGUCCACUUGGCCAAUUCUCCUCUCGCCCUGCCAGUACCGCCUUCGACUUCCGUGCUGGUAGUGGUCCCGACGAGGGUUCCAUUGCCGAGGCUAUUCGCGGUUGUCUGGCUGAAGUCGACCUGGACACCGUUACCAAAAAGCAGGUUCGCGUCCUUGUUGAACAGCGUCUGCAAACUUCCCUUACGGGUGAUAAGCGUGCUUUCCUGGACAGACAGAUUGAUCAGGAAUUGGCCAACAUGUGA